UUGUUUUGGUGAUCAAAGAUGAAGCUGCAUCUCCCACAGCUCUGUGUGUGAGGACGAAUUGUGUAAGUGGCAUGAGGAAGACGUGGGAGCCUGAAGGCAGGAAAUAACACCGAGAUGUGCAAACGAGUGACUAAUACUGGACUGGCUGCGAAUUACAGUGCUUACAUACAGCACUUACUUCCUAUUUUCUUCCUGGUUAGACAGGUGCAUCAGCAAAUCAUACUCCCCGUGUGUGGGUGAAGAGAAGUAAAGCUAGGAUUGCAUCUCUGUUGACACCUCCGCAGAUUCAGCGUGAAGCAGGGAGAGAGAAACACACAGACAUGCAGACAGAAUGAAUAGAAAGAGGAGGACAGAGGGAGCGAGAGAGAGGCAGAGACAGUGAGAGGGAAGAGUGAAAGAGAGACAGAAGAUAUAUUUGACUAUGUGGGUGUGUGAAGUAACAAGGCAUGCAUCAUAAUUGUGGAUUCUUCUUGGAGCAGCCGGCCGUAUCACUGCAGCAGCAGGACAUUAUUGGUCUCACAAAGUGUAUUAUUUUCUUCUUUAAAACAGCGGGAGCUGUGAGCGCAGAGAGCGACACAAGAGACAUUUUCAAAGACAAAAUGGAAACUGUUUUGUUUCUGCUGCCUCAAGGAUUUUGUUAACUGGGAUUAUAAAAAAAACUAGUUGAAGGGACGCAGGCUGGGAAACGAUGGUGCCUCUUCACUGUUAAUAAUCCAGAUCUCAAGUCCACUAUUUAUCUGAGAUGGCUGUCAGCCUUAUUAUCAUCUGCCUCCUGUCACUGAUUGGCUAUGGCUCAUCCCACCCGUCUCCUCCUCCUCGGGGAUGCAGUGUGGAUGUGGACCCUCCGUACAGAGUUCUGUGUGACCUGGAGUCAGUCUGGGGUGUGGUCCUGGAGGCCGUGGCCUGCAGCGGUGGACUCAGCUCUCUGGUCCUCGCUGUGCUUCUGCUAGUAAAGCUCCGCUCCAUUUCUGACCCCGCCAGGCGCUCCGGAAUGGGGCCUCUUCUCCUGCUGCUGGGCACGCUCCUCGGGCUUUUCUCCAUCUCACUGGCUUUCCUGGUGGGGAAGAACCAGGCGCUCUGUGUGGUCCGCAGGGCCUUCUGGGGGCCCCUUUUUGCCCUCUGCUUCUCCAGCUUGCUAGUGCAGGGUGUGAGGCUCAGAAGGCUAGUGGCUGGCAAGACGAGCCCAUCGGGCAGCUCCCUGGCAGCCCUCGGUCUGGCCUUGGCCUUGGUUCAGGGGAUCAUCUCUGCUGAAUGGGUCUUGCUGACUGUAGUUAGGGAGGGUCACCCGGCCUGCGAAUAUCCACCGUUAGACUUUGCUCUGACAUGCAGCUACACCCUGGGGCUGCUCCUCAUCGCCAUGGGGCUUUCUUUGGGGGUGGUGCUGUGCGGAGGAGAGAUGGGGGCAGAGGGAGCAGGAGGGAGUGAAGAAGAUAGAGAAGGAGAAAGUGAAAAACGGAGAUGGAAGUGUAAUGCCGUCUGGCUCUUCCUGUCCAGUCUGGCAUCAGCGUUGCUGUGGGUGGCCUGGCUGGGCUUUUAUCUUUAUGGCAGCCAGGUGAUGAGAGGAAAAGGGAAAGGGGAUAGAUUAGGAGGAGGAGGAGGAGGAGGAGGAAAAAAGGAUGUAAAGGUGUUGGAUGAGCCCGCGCUGGCAGUGGCCUUGGUCAUUCAGGGCUGGAUCCUGCUGCUGUUCCACGCUAUACCAGAGGCGCACCUGUGUCUUCGGAAACCUCCACAAUCCAACACGCAGGACUUCUUCGACACAAGUCACACAUCCCCUCCUCCACAUUUUGGAGAUGAGCUGCCUGCACACUCACACCGACCCUUCCCAGAAAACCAGGCCUUUUCUAUGGAGGAGCACGGUGCAACUCUCCGAACUGGAACAUACCACAGCAGCCACGGAAGUGUCCGUCCUGGCAUCGCCUUCAGAGGUCACGUCUACCAACCCACUGAGAUGGCUCUGGUCAUGAACGGUGGAACAAUGCCCACAGCCCCAAUUAACUACACUGGACGACGGUUAUGGUAAUAUGGGACAAGACUUGAGGAGGAUACACCGGUGUAACACUGGGGUGUAAUAGUAGAAUUUCCUGUUGCCUAAGGAGAAGAAGGAGAUAUUAAAGACAGCACAUAUCAAACAUAAUUGAUUUGAUGGGAGCUAAAUGUGUUUAAUGUAUUUGUGUUUCUGCACACGUAUGAAUUUUACAUUUUAAGGACCAACUCUAACAGUAUUUUUUGCUGAGGUUUUCUGGGUUUUCCUCUUUAUCUGCAGACUGGACAAUAAAAUCACAAGAGAGGGAAGAGAAAGUGACACAGCUUCCACAGUUUAAGAUAUUUUGUUACGCAGUUACGAGGGCAUUUACAGUCCGUUAUUUUGAUCAGCACAGAUUAAAGCUUGAGUUAUUAUAUAUAAGGUGUAUAUCAAAAACUAGUGUUCAAUGUAAGGAUGUAGGUAUUGAAGGACAGUUACUGAAGAGCAGUAAAGUAAAGAUUGUCGGAUGAUCUGAAUGUAGUGAAGUAAUAAUUUGCCUGAGAUGGCUAAACGAAUGCUGUUACUUCCUGAUGCCAUCAGAGAUGUUUGCUUCAUAAAAAUGACACUUUCCUUCUCUUUCUGUUUGGCGUCAAGCUACAACUCAGAAAAAGGCCUUUAGGGUGUUUAUGUAAAAUACAUGCAUACGCCUACAAAGCUUGCUUGGCCUCUGUGUUACAUGCUGGAAACACCCAAAGGACUCAUAGUGUUUUUCUUUUCAUAUCUCCAGUCCAUAAUCAGUGCUGUUGGACAGGCACAUUUCACCAUGUGUAUUAAUAAAUAUCAUGCAUUUAACAGAGCUUGUGCGGAGUUCUGCAGGAUCAUCUGACAAUUUAAAAGGCUAAAGAUGGGUCUACCGCUCAUGGAUGAGGAUUUUUCAAUAAGCAUAUCAUAAAAAGCCAUUUAAUACUGCCAUAUAUAUGCUGCAGUAUAUAGGGUUUACUGUUGGAGGUUGUAAUUUUGCACUUUAUCAGCGCUGAUCAUUUUCUGGGCAUUGUGAUAUUUGAGAUGCAUGUAAAAGCACAGUUUAAAGGUAAUGUUUUUUUGUCAGAAUUAAUGUAUUUUGAGUGUUUUCUAGAAUUUUGAUAUACGUACUGAAGAGAAAUACCAGUUUUUAGUGUUGAGUUUCAGACUUCAUUCUUGACAUUGGAAACAGCAGCCGACGAAACAAUCUCAAGUGCUCCCUGACAACUGGACAAAACCCUAUCUGCAGAGGGAGACCAUGUGAUACGACUGAAAGCUCUCGAACAGCUACUAAAUGACAGUUACCGUUUCAUUGUGUUUUCACUCACUAGUGUACACAUUUUGCUGAGAUGUAUGGCAAUAUCUCAAUGUAUUCUGGCAUUCAUGAUCCCUUUUUACCCAAUUCCAUAUAUAUAUAUAUAUAUAUAGAGAAAGCAUUCAGUCAUCCAUCACUGCAAAUUGAACUGGAACAGAUUCAUACGUAUACUGUUUAUAUUAGUGACAAUGAAAAGUUUGGCACUGAGUCCAAACUGAUUUCUCGCUGUUCAAAUGCAAUGAUAAUUGAACUCUGAGGCAAAUCGUAUUUAUAUUUGACUGGAGGGUUGCAGUUUCUAUCUCCUGAGCAAGACUGAAUUCAAUGCAGGACAAAAUAUCCAGGUCUAAUACAAUUCAAAGGUCAGUCACCAUGUUCAUGUUGUGACCAUUUAUUCUUGCUAUAAGACUAAACUAAAUAACUAAGUUGCCAACAACUUUGCUUUUGUGUACAGGUGUGUGCUCUGAUAUUGUACAAUGGGAAAAUUAUAACAGAAUUUUUAUGUAUUAACCCUAUAUAACUGAGUUUUAAUCAUGUAUAUAAUCCAAAUGUGAAAAAGCAAUGGUAUUUUCCUUUUCAGAUGCUCCUAGCACUGACUGUGGCAGCGUAACAUGAAUGUCUGUAAUGUGAUUUGCACAAAGUGGCUAAUACAUCAGUGCACAUUUUCUGUUAA